GAAGCAUUCACAUUUACAGGUCUUUCCUGCCCUCCUGGCAGCCUGACUAACCAGCUCCUCCAGGCCCAACGUGCUGGGGGUGGGGUGCAGCCUGAGGCAGCCAGACCAGCCCCUGAGCUCCCCUUGCUCCGCUGGCCAUCAUGGGGCCCCCUGGGAGGCAGCCUUGCCCUUGCCUGCUGCUCCUCUUGGUGCUGAGCUGUUUCCAAACCAGCCUGAGCCUGGAACGGAUCCCCUACAAGCCACAGAUAACAGCCUGGAACCUGGAAGGGAAGGUCACGGCCACCACGUUCUCCCUGGAGCAGCCUCGCUGUGUGUUUGAUGGGCACGCCAGCGCCAAGGACACGAUCUGGCUGGUGGUGGCCUUCACCAAUGCCUCCAGGGAUUUCAGGAACCCACAGACCCUGGCUGACAUUCCCCUCUCCCCACGGAUGCUGACCGAUCGCCACUUCAUGACGUUGCCCCUGUCCCUGGACCAGCUGCCCUGUGAGGAUCCAGUGGGUGUCAGUGGAAGCUCCCCCUUGCUACGGGUGGGCAAUGACUUCGGCUGCCACCAGCAACCCUACUGCAACGUCCCUCUCCCUGGCCCUGGUCCUUACAGUGUCAAGUUCCUCCUAAUGGACGUCGGUGGCGCACCCACGGCUGAGACCGAGUGGUCAGAUCCCAUCACUCUGCACCAAGGGAAGGCCCCAAGCUCCAUUGACACGUGGCCGGGGCGGCGGAGUAGCUGUAUGAUUGUAAUCGCCUCCAUCCUCUCGUCCCUGGCUGGCCUCCUGCUCCUGGCCUUCCUAGCAGCCUCUACAGUGCGCUUCUCCAGCCUGUGGUGGCCCAAGGAGGCCCCUGAGCAUCUGCGGAUCGGCUCCUUCAUGGGGAAGCGCUACGUGACCCACCACAUCCCGCCCAGUGAGGCUGCCACACUGCCUGUGGGCUGUGAGCCUGGCCUGGACCUCCUCCCCAGCCUCAGCCCCUAGCCUGUGGCCUGGGUCUGGGCCUAGUGGGCAGGGAACAAAAUGCAGGGAGCGUGUUCCCCACCCCUGUGCCCACAGGCCUCCUGGGGCUCCUGGCCUCUCCCCAGCAUGCUCCAGCCUGCCAGGACUCCCCUCCAGCAGCCCCGGGCAUCUGGAAGUGACUUUAGGAGGGGCCGUGGUCAGGCUGGGCAUCUGGUCCCGCCUCUGUCCCUGUCUCUGUUCUGCCUGACCUAUGAGCACGGCUGGAGACACGUGGACCGGCAGCCCCAACCCAGAGCUUGCAGACCCCAGGAGCAAACCUUCGAGAACCUGGCUCUGCCCUGGGUAGAGCCGAAGUCACCCUCUGUCACACCCUUUAGCUGCAGCUAGGGUACAGCCUUCAGAGGCAUCUCUGCUGGCCGUGGAUACUGGUUCUUUCCAAGGGUGGGAGUCACCUGCCAGAAAGUCAGACAGUGUUGAUGACAUCACGACUAUCCAGCUACAGAUUCCGGUCACCAUUUCAAAUCCCUUUGCACACACAGAUGGCCACACACUCAUCCAUUCAUCCCACAUCAUUCAUUGAGUACCUGCUGAAUGCCAUGCACAGUGUUAGACUCGGUAACUCAGGAAGAGCAGGUCCCCAUCUCCGGGAACUCUGCUCUGAACCUUCUGCUCUGAACCUCAGACCACCGCGUGUCCAGAGGUGACUUGUUACUGUUGUGGGGUGUCAUGCCCUUCGACUUUCACUUGAUCCCCAACUCACACAUCCUUAGACAAUCACCCCAUGGACUCUCCGAGGCCCUCAAGACCCCUUCAUCAGAAAGGUUGCAAUGCAGACUCCCAAGCUUCUGUCCGCGAGGCGAGUGGUUCCCGCCAUCGCCACACGGGGGCGCCGGCGCGCCGUGGCCAAGUAGCCGAGGGCCCGCGCGCAUGCGUGCUCGUGUCCACCGCCCCGGCCCUGCGACCCCAGAGCGAUCUGUGGUGGUCGGGGCUUCUACUGGCCAAGCCAGAGAGCGUGUAGGGCGGUCCCGCUGCCGCCUGAACGCCUACUCUGCAGGCUUCGGCCCACACAGCGGCGGCGAUUUCCUCCAGGAGAGCUGAGCCUCGGUGACAUGCGCACGCACUCCUUCCAACCGCUGCACCCCACCCUGUGUUCCCUGGGCGCUGCUCCCGGGCCUGUCUGACCGCGGCUCCCAGCACACAGGCCCUUGCCCGCCUCCUUUGGAGGUGAAUAAAUGUGGUCUGGCUUCUGCA